CUCGCAGAAGACGGAGCAUCCGCGCAGCGCAGCCGCGCAAGAUGCAUCGAGCGAGCCAAUGUACUCCCCGGCCGAGGCCGCGAAGGCGACGACGUCCUCGGCACCCGCCCCGGCGGCGGCGCAAGCGGUGCCGGCGGCUGCCCAAGCGGCUACGUCGGACCAGGUCAGCGUCGAUGCUGCAACAGGACGUGCCAUCAACAUGGACCGUAUCGACUCGUCGUCCGACGCGAAACCCUCGGCGUGGUUUCCGGCGCCGGACCUUACGUCCAACUUCCUCGACGACGAAGAAGCCUUUGACAAGGCCAUGCGUCACAACAUCAAGUUUACCAUGGCCGACGCCCGCGAGAUCUGCGGCGAGCUCCAGCCCCCAGACUUUCGCGAGGCCCUUGGACCACUCGCUGACCUUCGCCGCAAGAUUGGCACCGACUUCCAGUUCCGGAUCCCUGGUCCACCGGUCGAUGAAAACGAUGGCAUUACGCCCGGCGCUCCGUCGCAGCAAGAGUAG